AGAUCCGCUCGACUCCCGGAUCUACGAAACACAAGAGAAGCUCACUGUCCACCCCGAACAGACUACCGAAUGUUUCUCUACAAUGACAUGAUGCUGAUGAACACGUGGUGGAAAGGCAGGGCGACGAUCGCCGUCAUGCUCGUCGCUUCGCUGAUUUCAAUGAUUGACGCCAGUGCACAAACCAACGUUGAGCCCGGGAACCCUAACCCUCGGAACAGCAAAUUAUUUCCCGAAAUCACCGGCGAUUUCGAACAACUGGAGCCACUCCAUUUACUGCGUCGCUACCAGAGGUCACAGCAACAGGAUAUUGCCGACUACCCUCAGCCAACCAUCUACGAGAUUCAGGCGGCAACUUAUCCGAGAGACGGUGGACUUUUCGGAUUCAACUUCAACCGGCGCAAGAUCCAACAGAACAACCAAAAGCUAGAGAUGAGGCAGAGACACUUGGCCAAAUUGGAGGCGUCCAACUUGCGCAAAAACCCCGCCAAGUUCAAGGCAAAGCUCGGAGCGUUCCUGAACCAGAUUCAAAAUUUGGCCGCAUCCAAGCCGCGACUGUGGAAAGAAAUUGAGGCGAUGAACGCGGCUCGAAGCGCCGCAACUUCAGCAGCGUCGAACACAGGCGGAGAUGUCGAGAAUCAAGAAAAUUCCGCCGACGACACCGCGGCGACGUCGCUUAUGACGCCCGACGGGAAAAUCGACAGCGAGAGAAGCGAAGAAAGCGGAACGGACAACGACGGUUCCGAACUGAGACGAAGUAAAUCCUUUGCUUUCUUUGACACGUACAAAUAA